AUGGAGGUCCAGCUGAGAUACAGAGACCCCUUCAUCAUCGACACGUUCCAGUACAGUGACCGUAACGACCUUGGCUUCUGGCACGGCGCUGGCGAAAAUCUUGACGUGCACUACGAUGUCGAUAGAAAUCGUGGUGGACACUACGCGCGUUUCUACCCAAAGGAUCCGGACCAGAACUUCCACACGCAGGUUUCCGCUUUGCACUGUACGAACUUUAUGCCGUUUCGGGAGCGGUAUCUACAUGUUGUGUUCUCGGGAUCCAACAAGUUUAGUAUCUCGCUGAACCAGAAUAAUGCUGAGUGUCGACCGGGCAGGAACCCGUACCCGGCUACGUGGGAUACAAUCGAGGCGAGGCGGUACUUGAGCGGGAAGAAUAACAUCUAUGUGCCCAUGUCGCACUUUGCAGUUGAUUUGUCGAAGGUUGUGUCAGUUUCUUUCAAUGGGUUCUAUACCGAGGAGAGUGUCACGCUGCAUCGGAUUGAGAUUGUGCGCCACUUGCCAACUGGGGCAUCAGUGCCGCUCAAACUGGCCAAUGGUCAGAUGAUUCUCAAAUGCUCGAGGCCCAAUUCGUUUGCAUUUGGAAUUGAUGAUGGACAGCCACAGUUUGCGCAGGAGGUUAUGAAUAUCCUUGAGGAGGAGAAGGUGCUCGUGACGUUCUUCGUUGUCGGGCAAGGCCUGAGAGAUAGAGAAACCAAUUUCACUGAAGUCUAUAAGGAGAUGUUGCGGCGAGGGCAUCAGAUUGCGCUUCAUUCCUAUACGCAUCAAAAAAUGGAGACAUUAGACGAAGAGGAUAUUGAAGAUGAGAUCCUGGAGAGCAUUGAUGCCUUCAAGGACUACCUAGGAAUCCAGUCCCGAUACUUCCGACCCCCAUACGGAACGAUUGGAGCCAGAACACGCCAGAUACUCGCAGCUCGAAUACACGACCCGUAUAUUGUGAACUGGAGUGUCGACGUCGAAGACUGGCUCUGGGCCAACAGUGAUACUCCAGAACGACAGAUCGAAGCCUUCACACGCGAUGUAAUGAAAGGCGGAAAUCUGGCCGUGAUGCACUAUCUCAGUCCGAGCACGGUUUCGUAUUUCAGACAGUUCAUCCAUACGAUCAAGAGUGCUGGUAUGAACAUUAUGCGGAUUGAUCAAUGUCUUGAGGACCCGCAUGCACCUCCACUUACGUGA